CAAUUAGUCAGCAUUGCAGUUUCGCUUCCGCACUUGUAAAUUCAGCCCACACUCAUGUCCGCUUCAGAGAACAAACCCGCCACAGCGCUGUUUAAGAAGAGCAGGCGGCGAGGCGGCGGUAGCAACAUCAGAAAGCGCGCUGCAGAGGCCAUUGACCAGGAGGCACCGACCCAGGUCCAGACUGAUGCGGGCGACGAUGAGCGCAGGUCAGCUAAGCCUGGUGCAGGCAGGAUCACCGCUGGUCGGUCAAGGGAUGGUUCCAAAGCAGAGGAUAGCCCUGCGGUUUCCGAGCCUGCAAAGGCAGUCGAGUAUCACUAUAAGCGCGGUCAGGACGCUACACGCACAGUCGAAAACGAAAAGGCUACAGAGCAGGCGACGAAACGGCAAAAGACAGGAAACGUCACGCCUGCUGGCGGUGAACAAGGAAUAUACAAGGGACUGGCUGCAUACGAGAGCCGAAUCAAAGACGACCCAGGCGCCAAAAAGACCGGCCCAUUCAAGGCACCUACAAACGUGCGCUCAACCAGCGUCUUCGACUACCAGCCAAACGUAUGCAAGGACUACAAGGAGACUGGGUUCUGUGGGUAUGGCGAUUCCUGUGUCUUUCUACACGACCGUGGCACGUACAAGACGGGCUGGCAGCUUGAGAAGGAGUUUGAGGAGUCGCAGCAGGGUGUUCAGAGGGAUAACGAGAAGCUAUGGAAGGUUGACGCGUCUGAUGACGAAGCCGACAAGAAAGAGGAGGAGCUGCCGUUUGCCUGCCUGAUCUGCCGCAAGCCGUUUGUGAAGCCGGUGGGCACCAAGUGUGGCCAUUAUUUCUGUGAAAAGUGUGCGUUGGCAAACUACCGCAAGACACCCAAAUGCUUUGCGUGCGGUGCUGCGACCGGCGGUGCGUUCAAGCGUGCAAAGAACAUCGAGGCGAGGCUAGAACAACAAAAUGAAUGAUUUUAUCUCUUGAUCU